AUAAUACCUAAUGUCGACUUGGAGCAUAUAUUCCAGGUUGGAUUGAGAUGAUUUCCAACAGCAGCAAGAGUGUUGAUGAGGCGAGCGACUUGGAUAGGGUCCUUGUUAAAAUCAGUCGGUCAUGUUCCACGUGUCGGGCAACACCCGAGGAUCCCGACGGGUGGAAAUGCAUCUCAUCGCCAUAGCCUGGUAGGCUCCCAGGUUAUUCCAAUCAGUAUCUGCUCUUCUGCACUCCUCACUACCCAAUACAUGUCGCACAUUCCACCUGUCGAAGCGCUGAUUUAUCCACUGUGCGGAUACACGGUGACGUACGUAUGCUAUGUCGUAGCGUCUCGCCCCCGCGUCAUUACAAGCAUCUUUGGUGGUACAUUGAUUGUGUGCGGGAUGGUGGCGUGUGGAAUGGGUAUAAUUGGGUGGAUUGCGGGGAGGGUAGAGGAUGGAGGAGUGUUGCUGAGGGGCCCAACGCGGGUAUGGAGAGAGGGUUGGUGGAUGGUUGAUGAAAAGCGGGGAAUAAGGGAUGGCAAGCAAGUCAGGGUUGUGGGGAGGGUCCCUGCAUGGGGAAUAUGGAAGCAGCCUCAGAUUACGACCUAUUAAUGUGUGGGGCGUACGAGUUCCUUUUACAUGUGUACAAGUAUGAUGACUUUACUGGAC